CUGCGACUAUCCACUGCAGCUCUCUCUCGUCACACUCCUUUCAUUGUUUCCUUUUUCUCAUUUCCUCACUGACACACACAGACUCACUCUGUGACUGACUGAGGCUGAAAAAUAGGCACUUCUCUUGAAUUUCUGCGCGCACUCCCUCCUGAAAAGUCGAGGCUGCAAGCGGAAUAUUGAUUGAUACAUUGUUGCAUCAUCUAAAACUCUGCCCAGACUUAUUUCUUGCGAAAAGUGAGGGAAGAAAAAAGACACCCAGUUGGUCUAAGCUCGCUCCUCGCCCUGCAUUCUCUUUUUUCGCCCAUCGAAGGAUUCAAAGCCUCGAGUUUCAGUUUAUAACCCAAAAACGCAAGUCGCCGAGCGCAAUAGUCAUAACAAUAAGCCGGCAACAUGACUCGCUCCAGCCUCUCCAUCACCUACUUCGCAUUUACGGCGCUUCACUUUGUCUGUUUUGCGCUUGCAAUCACCGUCUGCGGCCUCUACGGUACCGACUUGCAGCGGGCGAAGAAGUUUGACGACUAUACCAACUCCAAAUGGGUCUAUGCCGUCGUAGUCGGUGCAUUGUCGGCAGCUACAUGCGCUCUCUACUUCAUCCCCUUCAUCAUUGAGGCUGGCAGCAUAUUUGUUGCCUCCUGGGAUGCAAUCCUUUUUGUCCUGUGGAUCACUCUCUUCGGUGUCUUUGGCAAGCUGUACAUUCACGAGAAUGCCCAUGGCAACGGCAACAUCGAGCGCAUGAAGCACGCCGUCUGGGUCGACCUCACCAGCGCACUGCUCUGGCUGAUUGCGACCUUUGCCACUCUCGCGUACUGGUGGAAGCAUCGCAACGCCCGUACCGUCUUUACUGGCCGUGCCAAAGUCUAGAGGCCUUUCGCGCGCCAUAGUCCCGUUAAGCGAAGCAGGUGAUGAGCACACCUAUAUCAUGUCCAAUCUUACCCGCAAACGGCAUGAGGGGCGUCCAUCUGCGGCAAUUUUAGCGAUUUUUUCAUGGGAUAUCCGAUAUGUGUUGAGAUAAUGCGGGCAAAAUGGGAGAGAGAAGAAAGGAGGAAAGUAAUUAGUACAUUAAUGAUAUGAUACCCCUCUGGUUUGCUUGGGAGUGUAGUAGGACGUGGGGAAGGGGACAUGGGAUAUGAGACAAAGGAGACUCGCAAGAGUGACAUUGGCCCUGUUUGUCGUUUGUCGUGUGCGUACUCCGUAGAUGCAACAUAAAUGGACAGAUGGUGAGAGAGAAAAAAUCCCCAUGUAUAGGCCUCUUACUUUGUUCGUAGAAUAAUCAAUUAGUUUUCUCAGUUUGGAGCCAUUGACAACAUCUCAUGAGUGUCUCCA